CAUUUCAAACUGGAGGAAGACUCCCAAAGCUGGCCAAGUAGCCUGAUAUGAUCUCAGGAUUUGAUAUUGUCCAUGUGUCUGGCAUGGACAAGCCUGUUUACCCAUGCCCUGUCUUGUAUGCUUCUGGUCCAACCUGCAGUGACUGUUUCCCCUCUCUACUUAGAAAAUCACCUAAUACCUCCUAGCUUCAUCACAAUGGGGAGUGGUUUUGCAUGUGUGACACAACAAUUCUGUGAUUACAUAUUCUUGAGAUAUAUAAUAACUCUUCCUCCAUAAUGGUCACCUCUUCAAAAAUCAUGGCUGAGAGAUUAUUGGUAACAGCACUGAAGGGUGGCAGGAACACUAAGAUCCUGACUUUGAAUGGCAAGAGGAUGACCAAGAUGCCCUCGGCAUUGGAAAAACUGCCUAAUCUGAAGACUCUAGACCUUCAAAAUAAUUCCAUCUCCAAAGUAUGCCCAGAGCUAAGGACCUUGACCCAGUUGACGUUACUAAAUCUGGGAAACAACCAUUUACACGAAGUUCCUGAAGAGAUAAAAUAUCUUACCUCCCUGAAGAAUCUUCAUUUAUUUGGAAACAGGAUUUGCAGAAUAGCCCCUGGAGUCUUUAAUGGCCUACGACGCUUGAUCAUGCUUAAUCUGAAUGACAACAAACUUACCAGUCUUCCUCAAGAAAUUGGCAGGUUAAGGAGUCUUACCUACUUAAGCCUCAACCGUAACAAUCUCACUGUGAUUCCCAAAGAGCUUUGUUCCCUUGAGCAUCUUUCUGAACUGCAUCUUAACUACAAUCAGAUCAUGUACAUCCCUGAAGAGAUCAAGUUCCUAAAGAACCUUCAGCAGCUCUUUCUGGUCAGGAACAACAUUGAAGAGUUGCCAGAGGAAAUUUGUCAUCUUGAAAAACUAAGAGUCCUGGACGUAGCUGGAAAUGUAAUCCAGAUAUUUCCACCAGGCUUUCAGAAUCUAAAGCUGAGGGAGUUCUACUGUGAGGGAAACCCGCUCUUCCUGAAGAGGCCAUUUCUUGCUGUACAACCUAAAGACCUCUGGACUCUACAGGAAAUAGCAGCAAGAUUUGUCCUCUCUCUGUUAGAAGAAAACAACCCUGUGGUUAUGAAUGCCAUAGAGAGUUACCCAGAGGCCAAGGACAGACUCUCCAAAGCAAAAAAGUGUUCAAUAUGCAGCAAACCUUUUUUAUCUGAGUGGCUGGAAUGCGUUUACUUUGUGUCUCCAUCGAAGAACUGGAAGAUAAGCAGAAACCUAAAGCUGAUCCCUGUCCAGACAUCAGUCUGUUCCUACCAAUGCUUCGAUCAGCGUGAUCCUGAUGUCUUUGGAAUUGCUCAAGAGUAGAGCAGGUGAGAUAAUCCUUCAGAACCUCACCGGGCCAGGUGUCUGCUGUGCCCCACUGAUGAUGCCGUUCUCUGCCUAGUCACUUUCAAUUUAUUAAGCAAAGGAAGAUGAGUCUCUCAAUUAUAAAAUUCAUGCUACAAGU